AUGACUUUUGAGUUAUCAAAACUGAUGAUGUAUUCAUCGAGAAGAAAUGCUACCUACAAGAAAAUGAAAAAUGAGUUAUCACCUGGUCAGCCUGGAUUUCGUACCUUGUGUCCAACAAGAUGGACGGUGAGAGCAGACUCUUUGGCAUGUGUCGAGGCUAACUAUUCUGUGCUACAGAAUAGCCUGGAGCCAAAAAGUAGGAGACUUAGGUUAGUUGACAACAUAAGCUGUACAUUGCAAAAGAAGAAACUGUCAGCUGCAGAGAGCCAGGUUGCAGCAAAUGUAACAAUCAAAGUGAUAUCUGCAUUAAGGACUGAUGAAGAGUUUGAUAUAUUCUGGCAAAACGUAGUGAAGAAGUCUGAAACUGUGGAUGUAAGCGAGCCUAGGAUGCCACGGAAGAGGAAAGCUCCAAACCGGUAUGAGGCUGGUAUUGGCGAAGGCAGCCAUCCCGAAUCUCCGAAGGAUCUAUACCAGAUUACCUAUUAUGCAGCAAUAGACAGAAUUCUGUUUUCUAUUAGAUAUCGCUUCGAUCAACCCGGUUAUAAGAUCUAUGCACACCUUCAGAAUUUGCUAACCAAGGCCGCAUCCGCAGACGACUACAGUCAAGACAUGGAAGUCGUUGUGAGAUUGUACGAGGGAGACAUCGAACCUGCACGCCUCAAGAGCCAGCUGGAAAUUCUUACUGCUGAGUUUCAAUCUCAGCAAUUUUCUGAAGAGGGAACAGUCAAUAAGCUUCCAUUGACUUUUAGUAAAGUGAAGGACUAUCUAAUUAGUCUGGGACAUGGAAGAGAACUCUUGAGUGAGGUUGUGACAAUAUUACGCCUGAUUCUAGUUAUGCCAGCGACUAACGCCACAAGUAAACGGUCAUUUUCCGCUUUCGAAGAUUGA